UAGUCACUCUCACUUCUUAGUGCAUGCCAUGGAAUUUCAACUUUCCUUUGUUAUUAUUCCCUUCUCUAUUUUCAUACUUUUGCAUUGGCUUGCAACAAAAUAUUACAAGCCAAAAACCAUUUUUUACAAAUUGCCACCUAGUCCAAGAAAAUUACCUCUCAUUGGUAACUUACAUCAACUAGCAUUUGCAGGAAAACUUCCACAUCAUGGGCUUCAAAAACUUUCUCAAAAAUAUGGACCAUUAAUGCACCUACAACUAGGUGAAAUUAAUGCAGUGGUUGUUUCUUCCUCAAAUUUAGCCAAGGAAGUAAUGAAAACACAUGAUGUUGUUUUUGCUAAUAGGCCAAAACUUCCUUCUCUUAAAAUUUUAGCCUAUGGUUUUAAAGAUAUUGUAUUUUCUCCAUAUGGUGAUUAUUGGAGACAAAUGAGAAAAAUAUGUGUCUUAGAGAUUCUAAGUGCUAAAAGGGUUCAAUCUUUUUCUUACAUUAGAGAAGAUGAGACAAAAAAGUUUAUUGAAUCAAUUAAGUCAUUUGCAGGCUCAAAAAUCAACCUCACUACUAGAAUUUUUUCAGUGAUAAAUUCUAUUAUUUUGAGAGCGGCGUUGGGUGAUAAAUCUGAGGAUCAAGAAGAAUUUGUGUCGUUGAUUAGAAAAGCGGUGGCGGUUUCAAGUGGACUUGAGCUUAUCGAUUUGUUUCCUUCAAUGAAACUUAUUCAUGUACUAACAGGGAUGAAAAAAAAUGUUGAGAAAAUUCACAAAAGGGUAGACAAAAUCUUGGAUAAUGUUGUGAGAAAACAUCAAGAAAAGAGAGCAAGAGGAAAUGAAGGUAACAAGAGUGAAAUUGAGAAGGAAGAUCUUGUGGAUGUUCUUUUGAGAGUCCAACAAAGUGGUAGCCUUGAUGUCCAAUUGACAAUCAACAACAUCAAAGCUGUGAUUUGGGAUGUAUUUGUUGCUGGAACUGAUACAUCAUCGACAACAAUAGAAUGGGCUAUGUCAGAAAUGAUGAAAAAUCCAAGAGUGAGGGAGAAGGCACAAGCUGAAUUAAGACAAGCAUUCAAUGGUAAGGAACUAAUAUAUGAAACUGAUGUAGAGAAACUAAGUUACUUAAAGUUAGUGAUCAAAGAAACAUUGAGGUUACACCCACCUUCUCCUUUGUUGGUUCCAAGAUUGAGCACAGAACUAACCAAAAUAGAUGGGUAUGAUAUACCAAAAAAUACUACAGUCUUUAUAAAUGCGUGGGCAAUAGGAAGAGAUCCUAAAUAUUGGAAUGAUGCUGAGAGGUUUAUUCCAGAGAGGUUUGAUGAUAGUUUGAUUGAUUUCAAAGGAAAUAACUUCGAGUACAUUCCUUUCGGAGCUGGAAGGAGAAUGUGUCCGGGUAUGACCUUUGGUUUAGCAAGUGUUAUAUUUCCUUUGGCUCUAUUGCUCUAUCACUUUAACUGGGAACUCCCAAAUCAGAUGAAGUCUCAGGAUUUGGAUAUGAUAGAAGAUUUUGGACUAACAGUUGGAAGGAAAAAUGAGUUGUGUUUGAUUCCAACUGUUUAUGAUGUCUAACUCCAUGAUACUCAUAAUGUAUUUUGAAUUCAAUUAUGUAAUUUCAGAAAUUAAAGUUAAACAAACCUUGCUCAUUGAAUACAAAUACAAUGAUACAAAUAGAAAUAAUAAAUGUCCGUCAAAAAAUGCUAAAAAUUGUUGGACGGAACAUUGUGAUUAAGGUUCAAACUCUUACUCAUUCAUUUGUGUGUACGAAUUUUUAAUGGCUAUUCUCAUUUCGUCUAUCUAUAAAAAAA